GAGACCACUCGAGGAGGAGGGCUUCCACGAGGCGCUCGAGGACACGAUCACGAGACCGAAUCCCGUGUGGGCGCCUAGGCGCGUCCUUCAUCCCUAUCCGGUGGCCCUUAUCCUUCAACGUGAGGUGGGUUCUACAACAACCAUGCCUUGUCUGUCGUAUGGCUCGAAUAUAGCGCUCACCUUGUAUAGAUGAUACCUGAGGUAUCCAGUAUCCGUGGUGACCGGUCGCCUUGUAAUCCUCAAGGUGGUGAACGCGACAUAACAACGAGUUCGUUAUGCGCCACAGCGGCCAUGCUUCUUGACGCCGGAAUAAAAGACGUAUUGUGGCCCUACACGUUUCUCUCUCGAUCCCGUUAUCUGUCUCAAUCUCUGCCCCUCUGCAAGCCUCCACCGACGUCCUCAAGCCUCUCCCUCAAGUUGCAUCCUGCCUCAUUCCCAAGCAUUUCCCUUCCCAAGUCGUUUCCCGCGCUCAACGCUCAACACCUCCCGCUCCAAGACCUCUCCGCCUCCCGCGCAACCAUGUCCGCGUGGCCCUACGCUGAUUCAAUCUUACUCGACCCCACCCUCCCCGCCACACCCACCUGGCUCCCCGAAGGCACGACCCGCGCCGAGGUCCGCCAGCUCCUCACGUUCUUCCUCUCCCACCUCGCCUCCGCGGUGUUCCCCUCGCGCUUCCCGCCCGACAAGACGCCGGGCCCGAUGCGGUCCAAGAUCCCGCCGGAGCUGCGCCCGGUGUACAGGGCCCUCCGCGCAUGGCUGCGCGGGUGGGCGGGCUACCUCGAGCAGCACUACCGCUCCCCAGCGGAGAUCGCGGAGGAUAAUUGGCAUUGGGGCGCGGAGCUGCGGUGGUGGCCCGGGACGCCGGAGCUGGCGAGGCUGGCGCACCAAAUGCCCUUUCGGGUGGUCCCGAGGCAGCCGGGGUGGGUGCGCGUGUCGUGGUACUACGACAUCAAGGAGAUGUUUCCCGACGCGAGGGUGCACCCCGAGAUGUACGUCCACCUACAGCUCGAGCCCGACGGGAGCCUCAAGAUCGGGGACGUGCGCCGCAAGUGGGGCAUGGAGAACAUGUGUUUCGUCGAGUGGAACUCACAGAGGAUCUCCCUGUGGCCCUCCGCGGACGACGAAACCCUGAGCGCCAUCGCCGUGCAACACCUUCUGUCCACGCGCGAGCAGUAUCCCUACCUCCGCGUCAUCGAACGCCCCUCCGCCGAACGACGCACCGUCCGCCUGCACCGCGCCAACCUCCUCAAAUCGCACAACCGCCCCCGGCCCCUGCGCAUCUACCUCCGCCUGCGCCACAUCUACCUCCUCGCCGCCAAGUUCUGGUUCCGCCUCCACUACCGCUUCCUCCGCCUCCAGUACCCGUUCCUGCUCAGCACGCCCGUGCGCGAGCGGCUCGCGGUCACGUGCGCGACCGUGGUAUGCGUCGCCGUGCUCGCGCUCGCGGUCUGCGCGGUGUGGUGGGCGUGGACGGCGGCGAUCGCGGAGCGUGUGGGGUACGUGUCGGGGAGGGUCGUGGACGGAGUUGUCGCGUGGGCGGGGGAACACCCGCUCGUCGGGCUCGUGGCGGGGUGGGCGUCGGCGGCGGUGGGCGCGCUGCCGAUGCGCGCAUUCUGGGCGGCGACGCUCCCGGUGUGGGGCCCAUUCUGGCUCGUGAAGAGCGUGCUGAUGGGCGUGUGGUGGCUGGCGACUGCGCUGCUCUGGACGGCGAUGGCGGGUAUGAGAUGGGGCGCGUUGGGUGUGCGUGUGCAUGUGAAGGCGGCGGCGGCGGCACUGCAAUCGUGCUUGGUACGGGAAAAUAUAGCCUGAUUGUAGACGCGAAGGGUAUAUGGUAGGCGUGUGUGGUCGUCCUUUGGGUCUCCGUCUUGCUCUGUCGCUGUGGUGUUGACUUAUGAAUUGUUAUAUGCUUGUGCCCUACGGAGGCACGGACCUAGUUGUAUGCCUCUCCUGUCAUUGUACUCAUUGUAUGUUCUCCUGUACUUGCUACUAUGCCUAUGCUCUUCCUUGAUGAAUUACAUGACAUCUAUCCAUUCAACCAAGACAA